AUGUCGAAAAGAACAUUUUUAAGUGGUUCACAAAAGAGAAAAAAAGUUUUAACUCAAAAGGAAGUCAGGGAAAAACUUCCUAAGCUUCCUUCGUUUUUUACGCUGGAAGAAACAAAUAAGUUGGGGAAUUCUUCAUCAUCAUCACCUCAAGAUAAUAUCUCUAAAGAUCACCAGGAGAAAGAAGUUAUUACGUGUGACGAAAAUGACAAACGCACAUCAAAUCCUGAACCUUCGACAUCGAGCAACUGUGAGUUAAUAGUUGCAAGCUUGGAUAGUGUGUCUGUAUCUUAUGACCCUGGUACGUUCUGUAACGACAUUUUAACGGAGGAAGUCCGUAAUAUUUGGAUUCGAAAAGGGCCAGAGUUUUUCCAAAAUAAACAUUGUGACUUCUCCUGA